AAUGCACCAUGUGACCAUCUUAUCAGGUGUGUGAAUCCAGCAACGCAGUACCAUGAAGAUAAGUCGACUGGCCGUCACAGCAUCAUUGUCCCGUAUGAAAAACCUGAAGCUGAAAUGCGGUACACUGUCUACCAUCUGCGCUUCAUGUGCCUCAGUUCAUGCUCUACAGGCAUAGACCGGCGUGGUGUCAAGCUUGUAUGGACCCUUGAGAACAAUGGUAGCAUUAUUGGCAGGCAGGUCAUCGACCUCAAGUUGUGUGCCAGUCCUGUCAGAGAUCGCAAGAAGGAGGAGAAGAUAUCUUCCCGAGAAAUGAACAGUAGCCUGCGGGGAGGGGUAAUUGGAGGUUCUGUCACCCAUCCAGUGGACAAAAGACCUUCCCGCCUUUCUGCCAACACCACGUUCAGCCAGACACGACCCCAGAAGAGAGGGUUGACGUCUGUGGCCACUGUCACUACUGGAGGCAUCACCGGGGCCCCUGCAAAGGUCAGGAAGACAGAGCAGGAACGUGAGGGUGAAUACAUAAUAAAGGUGAUGCUCCAAAAGAUCUACACCAUACUCAAAUUGAUCCAUGACUCACUUUUGGUGCACUCCAAAGUGAACCCAGAUGCCUUGAAGCGCACUCUCCGUAUUAUGCAUGGUGAUAAGCAUGUGUCAGUAAAAUCGGAGCCAAAGGACAAUCCUAGUUCAGGCGAAUCCCAGGAGUGAUUUGUUUGCUGCUUUCCUUACCUCUCAGCACCUUAUUAGUUUUUUUUUUCCAUUAUUAACCAAAAACUUCAUAUUGUGACAUUCCUUGCCAUGCUCAUUGCUUUUCUUUUUUGUGUGGUCACUGCAGAAAGAGUGCAUGCUGGCUUGCUGACGAGUUCUUCAGUGUUACUGACUCGUUAGCUUACUGCUACUCGUUAUUGGUCACAAACUGUAAUAUCUCUGGCCUUGGUAAUUUAUACCCACUUUACACCUCGCCACACACAGCUUUUUUUUCCCAUUUAUUUCAUUGCCACUUUUACCUUCACUGCCAAAAUUUGCUCAUUCAUUAUACUUUGCACCAAAGUAGGAUUGUCGUGACGUAUGAUAGCACAGAAUAAUGCUGGGACCAUGUGCCAUGUGCGGAAAAUGCUGAGAAAAGAAUAUUUUUAUACCUGUGUCGUUUCUUGUGCACUGGUCAAUAAAAUAUGCACAUAGAAGAGGCCAGGGGCUUGCAUUUAAAUGCUGUGGGGUAUUUAAAUUGCUACAUACAUAUGUUGAGACACUGAAUGUGCAAUUCUUUUUAGUGUUAACAAAAAAAGAAAAGUAUAUUGAGGCUGGAAUGGGCAUUAUGCAAAAACAACUUGAGUUUUUGAAAUUUUAUUUCUGGAGAUGUUUUACAUACAUUUUUCUUUUUUCUGGAAGGAGAUAUCAGUAAAUCCUAUCUUUGCACUCUCUUAAUUGAGUUUAUAGCUCCUUCCUUUGCAAAAACCUGAUUCUAAAGAAUAGGCAAUUUUAGGUUUCAUGGCUGACCAUGCCUCUGAGGUAUAGGGAAUAGCUGAAAAAAGUGGAAGUGUUCUUUGACGUGUACAUGUGGAAGUGCCAAUCCUCGUUUUCUUAGGCAUUUAUUAACUUUUCUUCAGGAUAUAUCAUCACAACCCAGUAAGCAGGCUCAGACUUUUUUUUUUACACUUCCAAAAUAAGGUCACUACUUCGUACAGAAGGCUGCAGUGAUCUUAUUUUAUGAAUAUCACAGCGCUGCGCACCACGCAGACACUUGCAUUUCGAAAAAACAGUUCCCACACCCCUCUCCUGUACCUGUCCAGUCCGCUUCGCCCGCGAAGUGACGUAAUGUUGCCAAUGGCCAACGUUACAUUCGCUGAUUGGUCCUCUACACUGUAAAACGGCGCGUUGGCCCUGUGGUGAUGCAGUUGACUGCGCAGUUGUCGUGCCCUUGCACCACGCUUCCUCACCGCACCGCUGCGACAAGAACGGCACGUGGAGGAAGCCUUGCUCACUCGUUGGUUGUGCGCUGAUGACAUAAACGCUUGCAUCACUUCGCGUUGCCGAUGUUGGUGUAGUCGUGACGAUGAGCUAUGCCUACCCCUCUGCACGGCAGAGGAGUAGGCAUAGC